AUGACUAUCGUUCAUAUGGUGAUGUUCAAAUUUCGCCCUGAGGUCACCCAGGAGCACAAAGAUACCUUUGUUCGGGAGCUGAAGACGCUCAAGAACUUGGAUUGCGUGAAAGGUCACCGGUUGGUCGUCGGAGGGCCCUCUUUGACCGAUCCAAUUGAAAGAAGCAAAGGUUUUGAAAUCGCCUUGUUGAGUCUUCAUGAGAAUCUAGGAGAGCUAGAAAAGUAUCAAGCUAGCAAGGAGCACCACAGGGUAACAAGCACAUACAUGUUUCCCUAUAAAGAAGACCUGGUGCGGUACGACUUUGAAGUUGGCGCGGAGGAUGAAUGGAUGUGGAAUUUCCCUGCUAAUGAAGUCGACGGCGCCAAUGGCAUCAAUGGCACGAACGGCGUGAGCAACAACUAUCAAUAA